CUUUUCUCCACUACAAAGCUAAACCCCCUCACUCUCUCUUACCCACACAAACCUCCAAAACCCAAAUGGCCGACGACGAAGCCGCAGGAGGAGAGGAGUACCUCUUCAAGGUGGUCCUCAUCGGCGACUCCGCCGUCGGCAAGUCCAACCUCCUCUCCCGCUUCGCCAGGAACGAGUUCGAUCAGAACUCCAAGGCUACAAUCGGGGUCGAGUUUCAGACCCAGGCUGUGGAAAUCGACGGCAAAGAGGUCAAGGCCCAGAUCUGGGACACGGCGGGCCAAGAGCGCUUCAGGGCUGUGACCUCUGCUUAUUACAGAGGCGCGGUUGGGGCGCUUGUGGUGUAUGAUAUCAGUAGGAAGACUACUUUUGAGAGUGUGGAGCGCUGGCUCAAUGAGCUUACUAUGCAUUGCGAUACUGCGGUGGCAAAGAUGUUGGUAGGCAAUAAGUGUGACUUGGAGGAUAUUAGAGCUGUGACUAUUGAAGACGGCAAAAGCCUUGCUGAAGAAAAGGGAUUAUUCUUCAUGGAGACGUCUGCACUUGAUGCUACUAAUGUUCAGGAGGCCUUUGAGGUGGUAAUCCGGGAGAUUUACAACAAUGUCAGCAGGAAAGUCCUGAAUUCUGAUUCUUACAAGGCUGAGCUGUCUGUUAAUCGAGUAAGCCUGGUGAACAAGGCAGAUUCAACGAAAAGUCGAUGUUGUGGCGGAUGAUCUCUAUUCCUUCAGUUGUACUUGUCUUUAGAAUGUUCUCUUUUCCCCCAUCCCCAAAGGAGAAAAGGAAAUGGUAUUACUUGAUUGUUUUACAGGUGAUUACUUGGGUUAUUGAUGACUGAUGGUCAUUAGUCUGUCAUCGGGGAUUAGCUAUUAAUAAGACUAUUUUCAUAUGUUCGUAG